GACAGUUGAUAAAUUUUGAUUAACUAUAAACAACAAACUGGUAGGUAUGAGCAUAGAUUAAACACUUAAUAUAUUCGAGAGGUAUGAGGUAAAUAGCCUACUAAAAUAGGUAAAUGAAAUAAAUACAAAAUGAGUAAUAUUUACAUACAAGAACCGCCUGCACUAGGAAAGGUUCUUUUGAAGACCACAGCAGGAGAAAUUGACAUAGAAUUAUGGACAAAAGAAACCCCGAAAGCAUGUCGUAACUUCAUACAGCUAUGUUUGGAAGGGUACUAUAACGGAACAAUAUUCCAUCGUGUGGUGCCAGGUUUCAUAGUACAGGGUGGUGAUCCAAACGGUGAUGGUACUGGAGGAGAAUCAGUCUAUGGUGCUCCGUUCAAAGAUGAGUUCCACUCCCGUCUGCGCUUCAGUCGGCGCGGUCUCGUCGCGAUGGCGAACGCCGGCAAAGAUGACAACGGCUCCCAGUUCUUCUUCACGCUGGCAUCGGCCCCUGAGCUGCAGAACAAGCACACCAUCUUCGGGAAGGUCACCGGUGAGACAAUAUACAAUGUACUGAAGCUAGCUGAUGGUCUGAUCGGUCCGGAUGAUAGACCGGAACACCCCCACAAGAUUCAGAGCACCGAAGUUAUUAUCAACCCCUUCACUGAUAUAGUCCCGAGGCUGACGGAGACCAGGGUCGAGGAGUUGCCGAAGAAAAAGAAAAGGGAGCGUCAGGGUGUCAAAAAUUUCGGUCUGCUCUCUUUCGGCGAAGAGGCAGAGGAAGACGAAGGCGAAGCCCUGGAGUAUAGAGGCAAACCCAAGUCAACACACGAUCUUCUAGAAGAUCCUAAGCUUAGCAAAAAGACUGCUGCAGAGCUGGAGACGCAAGUCGAUAAAAAGACAAACGUGGAAAUGGCUAAAGAAAUUGAAGAGAAAAGACUGGAGACAGAGGCCACGGUCAGCAGCAUACGAGACAAAUUGAGUUCGAAGAGGGAGAGCAGCGUCGACAGGGAGACAAAGAGACAGAAACAGGAAUGCGAGAGCGAGUCGGACGGAGAAUAUUACAUAGGGAAAGACAGAGACAUCGAGAGGAAGAAAGAGAGGGAUAGAAUAAGGAACGAAAUUAAACAGCUGAAAAAAGAAAUGAGAGGUACCAGGGAGACGGACAAGAACGAGAGCGAGACGAAAGAUGUGAACGACGGCGAGUUAGAGCGAGACAACGAGAUGUACAAACAGUACGUCGACGAGCAAGAGAAAUAUAAGAAGAUAAAGGAGAAGAUUCCUAAGAAAGGAGCAGAGAGACAGCGCCCCCCGAAACCAGCACCGGGACAAACAAAAAGGAAACCCUGGGUCAAGAACUUAUACGAGAACCGUGAAUACCCGGACAAUUACACCGACGUGAAAUUCCUGGAAGAGCUACGCAAAAAUAUUAACGUAGAGAAAGUUAAUUUGCGACAAGCCGUGUACGGUUCGUUGCGGGUCGCGCUCAGAUUGUGUUUAUGCACACUGUACGCCCUAUUAUACGUCUUCAUGCACAACGAUUGGAUCCAAACGUACACGGUCAUAUAUUUAUUUAUAUUCAUAACGUUAACCUGCUAUAUUCUGUACGUUAUAAUAGCAGGCAGCGAUAUUUUGAGGCACACCAAAACGGUCCUAAUAUAUAUAGUUAUAGGUUAUCUUUUGUCGCCGGUGCUGCACACGCUAACGGAUACGGUGAGCACGGACACGAUAUACGCUUGGUCGGUUAUAAUGAUGUUGAUACAUUUGAUAUUUUUCGAUUACGACGUCCCGGCCGCCGUUGUAUCCGAAUCGCUAUCUAUAAACGCUGCGAUAUUCUCGUCUGUUUGUCUCGUGUCGCGUCUGUCGACGCCAUUCGAUGCCUUCGUUUUGCUGACCGUAUCGGUACUGUUCUUCGUUCUGAGUCCGCACCUGUUCAAAGCUUAUUCCGGUACAACACUAUUUAACGGUAUGUGUUUCGUUGCGUUAUUUUUAACGCUUAUAACGUUAUAUAGCGUUUCGAGUGUUUUGUUGUGCUAUUUUAGCUUUUUUAUUGUCGUUCUCUGCGUAUAUUGCCCGAUGAUGUUUGUUAAGUGGCAGCGUUACAAGGAUAACAUAUACGGGCCUUGGGAUGAAGCUAUUAUUAAUAAUUCGGACGACUUGGACGAGUGCUUGAAGGAUUUGUGUUGAUCGUUUUGUGAUUUUUUUGAAGUGAAAACUUCUUUAGAAUCGUUGUGAUUUCAAACCGGAUGCAACAGAAAAAACGACAGGUAAGAGACACAAAUACAAAAAUGUGUAGGAUGAAGCCAGCAAAGAAUGAGACAGAAAUAUACAUACUAUUUAAUACAGCGCCAUCUGUGAGAUUUUUUAAUACUAACGUGUGUAUGAAAGCUCUUGUAGUGAAUUUUAAUUUAGGAUUAUACGUGAAAUUAAAAUAUCAAUUCACAGAGGGCGCUACCUUACAAUUAUUUACUAAUGACAAAAUUUUACAUAUACUUAAGACGUUUAGGAUAAUUGUAUUUUAAUUUUGGAAGGUUUCACUUCUACCACGUGUGAAUUGCACACAUUUUGUUUUUUUUUUUCUUAUUGCUUAGAUGGAUGAGGUCACAGCUUGCCUGAUGUUAAGUAGUUGCCGGAGCCCAUGGACAUCUACAACGUAAAUGCCGUAACCUACCUUGAGAUAUGAGUUCUAAGGUCUCAAGUAUAGUUGCAACGGCUGCGUCACCCUUCAAACCGAAACGCAUUACUGCUUCACGGCAGAAUUAGGCAAGGUGCUGGUACCUACCCGUUCGGACUCACAAGCCACCAGUAAUUACGAAAACUAUAAUUUUGCGGGUUUUAUUUUUAUUACAGCAUGUUAUUCCUUCACCGUAUGUGCGAAGCUUUAAAUUAUCUUUUUCUCCUACCUACGCCAAAAGUUCGGUUUUCCUCCCGCUGUACAGGGAAGAAAGUGUAACUUUUCCUCCCUGGGUACAAGUGCGCAUGCGCGUUAGUGUUUACGUCUGCUCUCACGCACCUAAAAUUCUCCGCCAUUGUUGUGCUCGGGUAAUUUGCAAAAUCGUGUUUAGUAUAAAAGUGGAAUAAACAAAAUGCAAUAAAAUUUAAUAGUGAAGUAUCAAACAAAGAUGAGUUCAUCAGACAAUUCUCAUUCAAUUAGUUAUUUAAAAAUAAAUAAAAACAGUUAAAUUGUUUUUUAAGAGUAUGGGGGUUUUCGCCCCCCCCUACCCCCGGCCAGGGCUUCGCCCCUGGACCCCGGCUUGGCACUCCACGAACUUUCGGCCUAGUAGGAGAAAAAAUAGUAUGUGGACCGCGGGAAAGAAGUAGGACAUCUCAUCCCGCGUAUUUGCCAAUUUUACACGCGGCAGGAAAUGUCCUACUUUUCUCCCUUGGUGCACAAUGUACUAUAGUGUUGUACGAUCCUAGUCUUGUAUGAAAUAUUGUUUAGUGUAAGAGAAUCGUGUACAAGCUUAUUCGAAUUCCGGAUACUAAAAGUUUUUAAGAAAUACUCUAUCUGCGAUCGGCUAUCGCGUGCUGUGAUACAACAACGAAAUGACAGUAUUUAAAUAAAUAAAUAAACUAAAUGAAUAAAA